AUGGCGGCGACCUCGCCGACGCCGACGCCGACGCCGGCGAGGCCUGCAGCCACCACGCACGCCCGAGCCCCGUCCGCGGGUCCCAGCCGUGUCUCCUUGACCUCCUGCCGCUGCCACCGCCGCCGCUCUACUCCGCCUCGGUGGAGUCGUUCCCCGCGAUGCGCUCGUGGUGGUGGGAAGCCGGUCGUCACAGACGUCGUCGACGAGGCGGCACCCGAUAAGGGUCCAGAGACUGAGAUUAAGGGAGAUGAAGAGAAGGAGGUCGUCGCGGGGCGUGGGGCUCCUGGGUGGUUCAGGCUUGACGGGGUUGCGGCGGACAUCCUCGCCAUCGCCGCGCCCGCCGUGCUCGCGCUCGCCGCGGACCCCAUCACGGCGCUCGUCGACACCGCCUUCGUCGGUCAUAUCGGAGAUGAAUUUUUUACGCCAAUAGAGAAGGCAAGGCAACAAAAGAAGGUUCUUCCGGCGGUAUCAACAUCCUUGGCUCUAGCUGCUGGCAUUGGAUUGUUGGAAAUGGUAGCUCUGAUUGUUGGAUCUGGGACCCUGAUAAACAUCAUUGGUAUACCCGUCGAUUCACCGAUGCGAGCACCAGCAGAACAGUUUCUUACACUGAGGGCACUUGGUGCUCCACCAAUCAUAGUGGCACUUGCAGCUCAGGGUGCAUUUCGUGGAUUCCUGGAUAUGAGGACACCAUUGUAUGCUGUGGGUGCUGGCAACCUAUUAAAUGCAGUACUUGAUGCAUUACUUAUUUUUCCACUUGGUCUAGGAGUAAGCGGUGCUGCACUGGCCACUGUGACCUCUGAAUACUUGACAGCAUUCAUCCUCCUUUGGAAGCUGAAUAAAGAAGUAGAUCUGUUCUCAUGGAAUAUAAUUGAGAAUGGAGUCAUCCGCUACCUAAAAUCUGGUGGUCUACUAAUUGGCAGGACAAUUUCAGUAUUCUUGACACUGACACUAUCUACAUCCCUGGCUGCAAGGGAAGGGCCUGUUCCAAUGGCGGGCUAUGAGAUAUGCUUGCAAGUGUGGUUAACAAUUUCUCUGCUCAAUGAUGCUCUAGCCCUUGCUGGCCAGGCUCUACUUGCUAGCGAAUAUGCAAAAGGGAACUACAAGCAAGCCCGCGCGGUUUUAUACAGAGUCCUGCAGGUUGGAGGUGUGACUGGUGUUGCCCUUGCUGCUUCCUUAUUUGUUGGGUUUGGAUCUUUGUCCUUGCUGUUUACAGAUGAUCCAGCAGUUUUAGACGUUGCACGUUCAGGAGUCUGGUUUGUCACUAUUUCUCAGCCGGUGAAUGCUAUUGCAUUUGUGGCUGAUGGGCUCUACUAUGGCGUUUCUGACUUUGCCUACGCUGCAUAUUCCACGUUUUUUGCGGGGGCAGUCUCAUCAAUAUUUCUACUAGUAGUUGCUCCUAAGUUUGGUCUCGGUGGCAUAUGGGCUGGUCUUACUCUGUUCAUGAGUUUGCGUGCAGUUGCUGGAUUCUGGAGGUUAGGGAGCAAAGGUGGACCUUGGGAGGUUAUCUGGUCAGAUAGUGAGUAA